CGGACACAGACGAUCUUCUCAGUCCGGGCAGACCCAGUCAUGUCGGAGUCUCCGGACGCCCGCAGCCUGCUCUCUGCCUCCUCCCAACUCAACCUGAUGGAGGUAGACGUGAUCGAUGAUAAGGAGUUUGAUAUUCCCCAAGUGGACACACCCCCCACACUGGAGAGCAUCCUCAAUGAGCUGGAGGAUGAGGAGGAGCCAUUCGUGUUGGAGGACACCUGUGUGCUCAGCACGGACAACAUGGAUGCUCACUCCUGUGACACGUCCUCUCUGGCCAGCUCUGACAGUGGAGACCCAACACACCUUAAACGAAAACGGAGGACAGUGGAUCUGAACACCACAGUUCAUGGGUCUGUUCUUCGACACAGUCUUUUGAAAGGAAUCUCUGCUCAGAUCGUCUCUGCUGCUGACAAAGUGGACGCAGGACUGCCGACUGCUAUAACAGUGUCGGGUGUGAUUGCUGUGGGGACGUCUCAUGGUCUGGCUCUGGUCUUUGAUACCAACCAGGCCCUGCGGCUCUGUUUGGGUACCAAGAUGACGGGGGCUGAGUUUGGAGCUGUGUCCGCUCUCAGCAUCAACCACGACUGCUCACGACUUCUCUGCGGGUUUGCCAAAGGACAGAUUACCAUGUGGGAUCUAGCCAAUGGGAAACUUCUGAGGACUAUCAGUGAUGCUCACCCUCCAGGGACAGCCAUAUUGCAUGUGAAGUUCACAGAUGACCCAACUCUUGCCGUGUGUAAUGACAGUGGAGGAUCAGUGUUCGAGUUGGCCUUCAGGAGGGUGAUGGGGAUGCGAUCCUGUGACUCUCGGUGUCUCUUCAGUGGCUCUAAAGGGGAGGUCUGCUGUAUUGAACCACUGCGUGCUCCUCCAGACAUCAGAGACCAUCCCAUCACACACUACUCAUUGCUGGCUAUGGCCUCUCUCACUAAAAUUCUGGUCAUUGGACUAAAGCCCUCCCUGAAAGUCUGGAUGACCUUUCCCCACAGUAAGUCUGACCCGUCCAGUGUUCCUCAGCUGGCCUGGCAGUUUGUUCCUGUCCAGAAGACAGUCAACCCAGUCCUGGCAUUCUGUAAAGGAGACACAGUCCACUUCCUCCUGGUGAAGAAGGAGGAGUCGGGGACCAUUCAUGUCAUCAAGCAAAGACAGCUCCACCUCAGCUGUGACAUCAUCAGCCUGAGUUGGAUUAACAGUCGCACGCUGGUCCUGGUGGAUAGCCAUGAAAAACUGCACAUUGUGGACCGUCCCAGUCAGGAGGUUUUGGAGACUCUGGACUUGGAGCAGGUGCAACUGGUCUAUAACAGCCGACAUUUCAAAUCGCUGGCCACUGGAGGGAAUGUCUCCCAGGCUCUGGCUUUAGUUGGAGAAAAGGCCUGUUACCAGUCUGUCUCCAGCUACGCAGGACAGAUCGUCUAUCUGGGCACCAAGUCGGCUCACAUCAUGACUCUAAGGAACUGGAGAGAGCGUAUAGACUGUCUGCUGAAGCAGGAGCACUUCGUUGAGGCACUCUCUUUGGCCUGGUCCUUCCAUGAGGGAACUGCUAAGGCUGUGGUUGGCCUUUUUGGAGAUCCCAUAAAAAGGAAGGGAGUGGUAGAUGACAAGAUGGUAGAGAUCCUUUGCCAAUUUGCAGAGCAUUCUUUGAAGAAAUGUCCGGAACAAGGCAAGAUCCAAGUGAUGGAGCAACAUUUCCACGAUGUGGUUCCUGUCAUGGUGGAUUACUGCCUCCUGCUACAGAGAGAAGACCUGCUGUUCAACCAGCUGUAUGCUCGGCUUGUGGAGAACAUGGUUGCUAAGGGUGUUUUUCUGGAGGCGCUGGAGUCAUACAUUGUGGCGGACCGCCUUGGUCACCUUACCACACCCAUCAUGAGGGACCUCCUGGCUCAUUACCAUGGCAAUGGUAUGAUGGACAGCCUGGAGAGAUGCAUAGUCCAUCUGGAUGUCACCAGCCUGGACAUACAGCAGGUGGUUCAAGUGUGUUGGGAGAACCAACUUUAUGAUGCAAUGAUCUACGUUUUCAACAGUGGCAUGAAUGAUUACAUCACACCUAUGGAGAAACUCUUUGCAGUCAUUGGACCACCUCUUAGGGAGGGGAGGAGCCUAACAGACGAGGAAGUGGUGAUGGGAAACAAACUUCUGGUGUACGUAAGCUGCUGUCUUGCAGGAAGAGCGUAUCCACUGGGAGACAUCCCCGAAGACCUUGUGGUUCAAGUCAAGAACCAGGUAUUUGAGUUCCUGAUUCGUCUCCAUUCAGCUGAGUCAUCAGAGGAGGAGGAGGUUUUCCCAUUCAUUCGUACACUCCUCCACUUUGACACCCGAGAGUUCCUCAAUGUCCUCGCCAUGACAUUUGAAGACUUUAAGAAUGACAAGCAGGCCCUUGAGUACCAGCAGAGGAUAGUGGACAUCUUACUUCAGGUGAUGGUGGACAACCCAGACUUUACUCCGUCCCAGGUGGGCGGGCUCUUCACUUUUUUGGCUCGACAGUUGGCCAAGCCAGACAACACGCUUUUUGUGAACAGGAAGCUCUUUGAUCAGGUUCUGGAGUUCCUGUGCUGCCCAGACGACGACUCUCGACACACUGAGAGGCAGCAGGUCCUGCUGGAGCUGCUACAGGUUGGGGGUGUGGUCCAGUUUAAUGAAGGCAGGCUGUUGGCUUUGGCGGAGAAGGCCAAGUUCUACCAGAUCUGUGAAUGUUUGUAUGAGAAGCAACAUCUGUAUGACAGGAUCGUUGACUGCUACCUGAGAGACCCACUGAGAAAGGUGGAGAUCUUCAGCUACAUCCACAACCUGCUGUCCAUGCCUGGUUACAGCCCUGAGGAGCAACAAACAGUCAAGGACAAAGUACUACAGCAUGUUCAGGAGCUGGUGACCCUUGACCCCAGCAGGUCAGCUGACAUGGUGGUGUUUCACUUCACUGAAGAGGUGCAGCAAAUCAUCUCUGAGCUUAAGGAUGACCAGCUGCUUUUCCAGUUCCUCAGCUGUCUCCUGGAGCCUCGGGAAGGCCAUCAUUCAGGGACUGUCCUGCCUCUGGAACGUGAACUCCACAAGCUUCUGCUGGACUUACUGUGCCGGUUUGCACCCCAGCAGCUGCUGAGCUUCCUCCAGACCUCCCAGUACUACAGACUAGAGGAGGCCAUACAAACGACAGAGAAGUACCACCACAGUGAGGCCACAGCCUAUCUGCUGGAGAAGAAGGGGGAUGUUCAUGGAGCUUUCUUUGUCCUGUUGGAGACACUGAAGGAUGAACUGUGUCUCCUCACUGCUGAGAAAGAAACAGGAAUUGAAGGACCUGAAGGAGGACAUGGUGAAGACGAGAAUCCCAGAGACUCAACUCUGACCAGAGUGAAGGACUCACUCAAUGACAUUAUCGCCCUGUGUCACCGCAACUCUCACAACCUCUACCAGCAACAGAGAGAGGCUCUGUGGUUUCCUCUUCUGGAGACCAUGAUGGCUUCUCAGAAACUAGUGAAGGGGUUUGAUUCCAAAUACACCUCUGAGGUGCUGAAGGAGCUGACGAUGAAGGUUCUCAACUGUAUGAGCUGCUUCAUCUCUCUGCCUGCCAUCAUCCAACGAAUACUGCAGGACCCUGUCUAUGGGAAAGGAAAACUGGCAGAGAUCCAAGGCCUCAUUCUGGGUAUGCUGGACACCUUUAACUAUGAACAGACUUUACUUGAAACAACAACCAGUCUGUUGAACCAUGAUCUCCACUGGUCCUUGGCUCACCUGCGUGCUGCUGUCACAAGAGGACUCCACCCACGACAAGACUACUGUAACAUCUGCCUCCAGCAGUACAAGAGGAGGCAGGACUCAGCUGAGGAGAUCAUUGUGUUUAGCUGUGGCCACCUGUACCAUUUCCAGUGCCUGCAGCAGAAGGACUGUGGGUGGGGCAUUUCUUUAGAGCUGCAGCAGCGGUGGAGCUGCUACAAGUGUUCAUCCAGCCAAGGAGGAAGAGGCGGGGCUUCCACCGAACCAAAGAAAGGCCGCAGCACGUCCCUGGCUCAGACUCGUGUCACAUCGAUGCAUCAUGAUGCAGGAGCAGAGGUUCACAGGAAGAAGGUGUUUGUUGAGGCGACACUGGACCAUCAGCAGGAGCAGUCCUGGGAUCAGCUACGCUCUUUGUACCGAGGACCAUCCAGGCUGUCCAUCCUCUCAGACCUUUCCCUCUGCCACAGCUCUGAGAAGUCAGGAUUUCUUCUCCCAGUUCACCCAGGAACAGAGACAUUCCAGCUCAAACUCUCUCCUCCACCUCUGCUGGAGGAGUAGGUCUGUGGCUGGUUCAGGAUCAGUUUUUCCUUAUUUUUUCAGAGUCAAGUAGAAUUGAUUAAAAACUGAUUGAUGUUUCAUCUGGUUUAAUAUUUAUGACUAUGUUAAAAUGUUUAUUUCAAAACAAACUGUUUAGUAUUGAUAACGUUGAGUCAUCCUGAUAAUCUACUGAAUGUGCAGUUGACUCUGCAUAGGGAAGUGAUGCUAGAUGUUUGUUUACCAGCUCAUUUUAGUUUGUGUUAGAAACAUCUGGACUUUAAAUCAAACUUAAACUCCCGGUUUUCAAACCAGUCAUUAAGAGCAGAGUCAACCUCUAACUAAAUUCAUCUCACAGUAAGAAUGUUAGAAACUGUUAUCUUUUGGAUGGAGGGGAAACAGAGCUGAAAAUAUUCUCUAAAUGUUUGCUCUCUUCAGGUCAGCCUCUCUUUGCAGGAUAAUUAAUGAUUCAGCUGGUCACAGAUGAGGCUCUGGUGAAUGCAGUGGGUAUGAGAAAUGAACUGGUGAAUGCAGUUAAUCAUGAUGAAGGUGAACUGGUGAAUGCAGUGGGUCUUGAGGGUGAACUGGUGAAUGCAGUGGAUCAUGAUGAGGGUGAACUGGUGAAUGCAGUGAGUCAUGAUGAGGUUGAAUUGGUGAUUGCAGUGGGUCAUGAUGAGUGUGAACUGGUGAACCAGACUUGAUGAUAAAUGAUGCUAAUGCUAAAUGUAAAAUUGACUCACUGAAGCUUGUAGUAGCCGAAAUAUUAUUCUUGAGACAGUCUUGCUAGUUCAGAGUAUAUUUUAUUUGUGCUCGGUGGCAGACUAAUAUCUGCAGAGUCGCAAACAACUCCCCAAAUCCUACCUCUUAUAAAGAAGUACAAACAAUCUCACAUCCCUUACAUACAGUUAUGUACUAAGUUCUUGAGAAAACAAUCUCCCUUCCAGUAACUCUAUUUUACAACUCUGGCCCCUCUCCCAGAACACUUGUCCUGGUCAUGCUGACAUGAGUUCAGGUCAGCAGUUCAGUUUAAUUACGCACUAAUGUUUUCCACAGAUGUUGACAAAAAUACAUGAGUACAUACUGAAAUACUGAAUACAUGAGUGCAUGAGAUGUAGAUAGAUUAUUACAAUUUAGAUAUGACUUUUGCCACCACAUAUUCCUCCCUUCCAGGAUCUGCCAGGCCCUGGACAAUCCCUUUCCCCUUACAGGAUUACCUGAAAUCAUUCAUCCAUAUCAUAUUAAGACAGUUUCAAUGCAGCACUAAUAUCAUCUGAUUUGCACACUUGCAAAUAGAGACGAAAAAACCUGAAGUUGGAAUACAGGUAAAAAACUCUAUGACCCUCCUUCUGAACGAUCACCUUUCACCGGCUUUCAACAAAUGAACGCAGCAAUGAAUUCAAUGUUUAGAUACUUAAGUAAAAGUAUAGUAGUAUAAUCAAAACUCAUUGUAUAAGUGUAAUGUGGUUAGACAGUAUAAAUAAACUUCAACGCUACAUUGGAAUAUGCUGCAUAAAUGAAAUACACUCCCCUCCAAAA